AUGGGAAGAAUAAGACAUAAAAGAAAACAUACGUCAAAUGGAAGACAUAGAAUGUACAGAACAAGACGGUAUCAACGAGAUAUUGAUCAGAUUCAUAAGGAUAUCAUGAUACCUGAAUCAAGAAAAACACUAUUAUUCAAAAAAAUUGAUCCUGAUUUACCUGGACUUGGCCAGCACUAUUGUAUUGAAUGUUCAAGAUAUUUUGAAACAAAUAAUACAUUGGUAAAGCAUCGAACAGGAAAACUUCAUAAAAAAAGAGUAAAGCUUCUUAAAGAAGUACCAUAUUCUCAAGAAGAGGCGGAAGCUGCUGUUGGAAUAGAUAUUAAGAAUCAUAUAUUUUGAUGUUUUUAAAUUUGACACUUAUCAAUAUUUUAUCCUUUUUAAAAGUAAAAAUGAAGAAAGCUUUUUAUGACAUCAGUAUUCAUCGAAGUUUGAAUGGCCGGUUAUUCUUGCAUGUUCUAGUGCAUCUUUUCUUCCACGAAGAUUUGUUUUGCAGAUUUUGCAUUUUAGUAAAAAAUUUGAUGUGUCAGUAUAAUAGUGAAUUUUCCGUAGAUAAUCCGUAAGCUUUAAAACUGCUUUUCUUACAUUUAAAUCUUCAACUGAGAAAAUCGUCGUAUCAAAAUUAGGCGAUGCUCCUGACAUCGGAGUUAAUGCAAUAGCAUCAUAAUGAAUUCCUGCCUUUUUGUCAGCAUACCUUAGCCUCUAUUCCUCUAUAUAUUUAAUAUCACCUGAAUACACAAUAAAUCCACACAUGGGUCUUCCU